UCUCUGCCGCCUCCGGCAGCUCAAAGGGGGGGACGGCCAAAGAGUGGGCGGAACGAAGCCUUCCGAGUCUCGUGACCCACUUUGCUCCGGAGCCCCUCUCGUCUUUCGGCGGAUUUCCUUUCUGCGGCCCGUGAAAGCGAAGACGGAGGGCGCAAACAAAAGAACCUCUAUCAACGCUUGUCAACGACUGCCGCCGCCAGCCGCCUUCUGAUUCAAAAUCAAAAGACGCUUUGCCCCCGAGGGCGACUUUAGGGCAAAGAAUCCUGUUGAUUUGGAAAGCUGCGGAAGCAGGGUCACCAAAGUACACGGUCUAUUCGUCAAUAUUCAUAAAGAAGCCAUACAAAUGAUGAGCAUCAAUUAUUUUAUUAUUGAAGUCUUUUACAAAAAUAGACAGGCAUUAAAAGAUUUGUAUUACAUUUUAAAUUGUAAUUACUAAAACGUAGCAUGCGUGAGUUUAUGAAAAUGAACAUUUAUUUGUAACGAUAAUUUAGCUGUUUUUCCGUAGCAUCGGUUAUUCCAAUCUUGUUUUAAGCAAAUUUAUCUCGCUAAACAAUGUUUUGAUUGAUUUAUUGUCAAUAAUUAAAUAAAAAUAAGUUUACAUGAACAGACAAAUAUCAUUUGAACUGGUUAAUUCUAUUAUGUUAUAAAACUAUUUUACACAUAUAAAACAUUUAUAUGAAAUAAUUGGUUGAAUUGUAAAAAUUGUAUCUUGUUUUAUGAAAAUUAUUUCACCUGUUGCAUUAAUUGAGCUGUUUUUCCCUAAAAUUGGUUAUUUCCAAUGUAUCAUUUUUAUUUAUAUAUUGCAUUGAAUAUUGUUUUAAUUGAUCUGUUGUAGAUAAAAAAAAAACAAUUUAAGAAACAGUUGUACAUACGCGGUAAAAAAUAUUCUGAAUAAUUUUUUAUAGGUUAUUAAAAUAAACUAUUUUACAAUCCCAUGCAUUUUUUUCAUCUCUACACAUGUGCUACAAUUGAAUCGAUUUAUUAGGAAUAACAGCCUUUGAAAAUUUCAUGCAUUUAAUUAUUACAACAUGGUAAAAUAAGAAAUAUGUUUAUUGCUUGAUUACUUACAAAUUAAAGUACAAUUUCAAAACAUUUUAGAAAUGAUUUGACACGCACGUGGGAACUUUUUUGAAAUAACCAUCAAACGUGGGCCUCGAGCCCAAACGUCUUCCCAGGCCCGGUGGACCCGAGUGAGCCGUUGUUGCCGGAGCGACAUUCAAAGUCCCCCACGACUUGUUGGCAAACAGUAAAAGCGGACCUGACGCAAAAGUGCCACCGGGACCGAGCGGGUCCAAAGCUCUCGAGAUCAAAACGUCCUUCCUCGGAGAGCCGCCCAUUGGCUGGAAGCGGCCCCUCCGUUCCCCUCCCCCCUCCUUUCCUGCCCGUGCGGGAGAGGCCCCGACUGCUGCCGGCAGCUGUUGCUUUCUCACGAUGGUCCCACCCUGCGCGACCGGGCCCGCCCCGAGUCGGCUGUCCUGGCGGCAGCGGAGCGUCGCCGAGUGCCUCCGAGUCCUCGGACAGCUCGGCCGAGGGACGCCCGAGACCGGCCGGACCAGGGGACAAAGAGGAACUUCCUUUCCCACACGCCACCUGAUGCCCCUUCAGUGGAGUGGAGGCAGCGUCUGAUUGAGCGUGGCCGUGACCCCCGCAGCCCCCGUGACGGCGGCGAUGUCUGCGCAGAGGCGGUUGGCGCUGGCCGCCCUCAGCGUGGCCUCCGUGUUCGGCGUCUACUUCCUGUCCGGGAACCUGGAGACCCCCCUGGCGCUGUCCUGGUCCCACUUGGCUCGGGGGUCUUUGUGGAGUAAGCCGCGAGAUUCUGAGCCGCGUCUUCACGGAAACCGGACGAGCCCCGCCCCCUUACCGGCGGUACCGUGUGGCCCCACCCCCGUCGGUACUACGCUUGCGCCGGCCGCCGUCGCGCCCUCCCACAAAAACAUUUCCGGGAAGCCCACCGAGCCUCCCUUCAUCGGAGACGCUUACGCCAGUGAAGACGUCCCGCCGCAAACUGACUGCCCUGACGGCAUCCGGAACCGCAUCCCAAAGUCGGACUUUGCGGGGCUGUUCCUGAGCAACGUUCCGGUGCUGCAGUGGUCCAAACACGCCACGGCCGACGAAUACCGCCGCCUGCGUCCGUAUGCGGGCGCAAAUGGCUGGGGGGGCCUCACCUUCCAAACGCUGUCGGACGCGCUGGCGGCGCUCAACCGGUCCGCCAACGCCGCCGUCUUUGACGACUGGAAGGGUCGCGCCGGAACGUCCCGCUGCAUCCGCUGCGCCGUGGUCGGGAACGGCGGCAUCCUGAGGGACUCCAAGAAGGGCGAGGAGAUCGACCGGCACCACUACGUCUUCAGGACAAACGGCGCCAUCUUGGCGGGCUUCGAGGAGGACGUGGGGGUCCGCAGCACCCACUACACCUUCUCCACCAACACGCUGAUCAACUCCAUGAGGAGCUACGCCUCCGCCGGCUACCGAGGGCCGCCGCGGUCUCAGGAAACGCGCUACGUCUUCCUGCCCGACCACGACCGCGACUACCAGAUGGUGAAGGCGGCGGCCCGGCGGACCCUCGUCGAGGGAGGACGCGAGCGAGGCAAAGAUCCGACCGCGUACUUCGGCAAGGACGUGACGGCGACCAAGCUGAAGAUGUACCAUCCCGACUUCGUCCGCUACCUCAGAAACAGGUUCCUUCCGUCCCAAACCCUGAAAACCAAACACAAGAACAUCUACCGGCCGUCGACCGGCGCCGUCAUGCUACUGGCGGCGCUGCACGCCUGCGACCGCGUCAGCGCGUACGGCUUCAUGACGCCGCAGUACAAAGAUUACUCGGACCACUACUACGACAACAAGUACCGCCCCGUGGGAUUCUUCGUCAACCACGACCUGAUGCUGGAGAUGAACCUGUGGCAGCGGCUCCACCGGGCGGGUCUCAUCACACUCUACAUGCGCUCCUGAACACUCUUGAAUGCUCUCCUGAACGCUCCUUAAUAAAUGCUCCCGGGUGCUCCUGAACACUCCUGAAUGCACCCGGACGCUCCCGAACACAUCUGAACACUCUCCAACUCUCCUGAACGCUCCCUAAUAAAUACUCCUGAGUGCUCCUGAACGUUCUUGAACAGCGCACGACGCUCCUCGGUGCUCCCGAACACUCCUCAGAGCUUCGGAACGCUGUUCAAAAGCUCCCGAAAGCUCCUUAAGGAAUUGUUCCGAGUGCCCCUGAACACUCUUGAGCAUUCCCGAACGCUCGUCAGUGCUGCCGAACUCUCUCGACCGCUCCUGAACGCACCUUACCGACUGAUCCCGAGCGCUCGUGAACGCACCCUCCCCGAGCGCUUCUGAAAAUCCCCCGAGGCUUCCCGAUUGCUGCCGAACGUGUGGUUUAUUUAUCAUCAGCGCAUUUGCACUAGUUCGGCACGAGCCACUUGGCAAGCACGCUAAGAGGAACGCGUCCGUCGUGCCGGAGGCGGCUUCCGCGUGCGAAAGCAAAGUUUGGCGGCUUCCGCGUUCAAAGCAAAGUUUGCCGGUCCGCUCGCCAACCGGACUGUUGUUUUCCCGUUGCCAGCAUAGCGACAGAUUGGAGCGCGAGCCGCAAAAUUGCCUCCUGCCUUCCCGCUCUUGUGGCCGUUUUCUUUUUAGACAUGUCUAAAUAAAAACCUGUCUCAAAGAAGCAGAUUGUGGUUUUAAACAUGCUUGCUCCCUUCAAGACAUUUUUAGUUUGGACGUGUUUCUAUUGAGAUAUGUCUUUAUUUUUUUUUACAUUUUUCAACAGGUUUUUAUAAGCCUGCUUAUGUCAAACUUUCUUCUUUUUCAACAUUUCUUUUUAGACCUUUUGAAAACAUGCCUAGAAAGCAAAAAAAUCUUGGGCCUGUUUAGUUGUAGACCUUAGCUUCUUUUUAGACUUUUUUCUUUUUUUUAACGUCUUGAAACUAUCCAAAUAAAAACUGCUUUUUUUCA